AUGGCCACCAAUACUCCGUCACCUCAUCCUUCCGACCUCCCGCCUGAUGUCGAUUAUGCCAAAGACCCAGAGACCGGACGAGUUUACUACAUUGAUCAUGCUAACGAAACAAACUCCUUUAUUCAUCCGCGCCUCAAAGAAGAGCUUCCACCAAACUGGGAAUGCCGGAUGGAGCCGACAACGGGGAAAAUCUUCUUCGUUGACCAUGCUAACAAAACAACUUCUCGUUCCCAUCCGCGCCACAAAGACUUUCAUCGGCAUUCAGAUUCCGACGUGGAGUUGCAAUCUCCUUAUAACCAGUGCCUCGACGCAGAAGGUCGACACUUCUACACAAACGACGAAACUAAAACUACUUCAUGGCUGAGCCCUGUCAAACUAGCAGAGCUGGAAGCCACUGGUAUUCUAGACAAAGACACGGAAGUGUACGGAGAGGAUGGACAUGCGUGGAAAUCGUGGAUCCUGGAAGAUGUGGCAGAGAGCGGCUUGAACAAGGGCACCUCAUACUGGGUAAACUAUCGGGAUGGGAGUGUUGACUGGCAGAGUCCUGAGGAUAAGAGGAUCGCACGUCAAAAAAAUAUGGAAAGGAGGGCACAAAGGGAAGCUACGCAAGAUUGA